AUGGCCGACCAGGACGUCCUCACCGCCCAGUAUACCCCGGAGCAGAUUGCCGAGUUCAACAAGCAGCUCGACGGCAAGACACCGCAGGAGGUGCUCGCAUGGGCAAUCGACAACAUUGAUGGCCUUUACCAGACCACUGCGUUUGGUCUCACCGGCCUCGCCGCUGUUGACAUGGUGUCCAAGAUUUCGAUGGAGCGCGAGGAAACCCACCUCGUCCCUCUGAUCUUCUUUGACACUCUCCACCACUUCCCCGAGACCGUCCAGCUGGCCAAGACCGUCGAGGAGACCUACCUCGUCCCCGUGACCAUCUACACCCCUCCCGGUGUCUCGACCGAGCAGGAGUUUGCCGCCAAGUACGGCGACAAGCUCUGGGAGACUGACGAGGCUAGCUACGACUACCUCGUCAAGGUUGAGCCCGCUGCUCGUUCGUACGCCGACCUCGGUGUGUGUGCCGUCAUCACCGGCCGCAGGCGUAGCCAGGGUGCCGACCGUGCCGACCUCAAGGUCAUCGAGGUCGACGAGCGUGGCCUGAUCAAGGUCAACCCCCUUAUCACCUGGUCUUUCAAGGAGGUCAAGGACUACAUUGACAAGGAGAAUGUCCCCUACAACCCCCUGCUCGACAAGGGCUACCGCUCAGUUGGCGACUACCAUUCGACUGCGCUCCCCGACCCCAACGCUGCUGACGCCGGCGAGCGCUCGGGCCGUUGGCAAGGCAAGUCGAAGAGCGAGUGCGGCCUCCACACCAACUACUUUGACAUGAAGAAGAAGUUUGAGGAGAAGGCCGCCGCCACCGCUACCCCCAACGGUACCGAGGCUUAG